GGAUGGCCGGGGCCAGCAGCGGCCAGGCGGGCACCGACGAGAGCUGGCCGUCCGCCAUCCCGAAGGUCAGCACGGGGAUCGUGAAGGUGGAGCACAGGCAGGGCCACAGGCCGUUCGAGUCGUACAAGAUGCCCAAGUGGGUGCGGCACCCAGACAAGCAGAAGCCGUGCAUGUACCUGCAGCCGGAGGACUACAUGGGGUCCCGCAAGAGGCACAACGACUUCGCGUGGAACGUCGCCCACGUCGGCGCCCAGUGCGCCAUGUUCGAGGGCCAGGGCUUCAAGAUGCUCGAGAAGGCCACCCCUGAGGAGAUCAAUGCGCAGGACGCGCUGGGGGGCUGGACGCCGCUGCACUGGGCCGUCCUGUCGGACAACCCGAAGGCGGUCGUCUGGCUCCUGAAGCACGGGGCCAGCACGGACAUCCUGGACCACAAGGGCAGGAAGGCCGAGGAUCUGAUCCAGGACCACUGGGGCGAGAUGUACCAGCGCUACUGGGAGGCCGGCCCGAAGAGGGAAGGCCUGCCGCAGCCCGAGAAGGUCAUGCCGAAGCGGAUCAAGCAGAUGCAGAGCGCUUUUAAGCUCGAGUACUGCAGCAACGAGUUCGACAUCCCAGGCUACGAGGCCAUCCAGGUGUAG